UCUAAUAUAUUUGUUCAAUUUAUACAGCUAAUACAGAAGAACAUAGUAAUUUAAUGAAAGCAUUAGAAUGUAGUAGACAAAUUCUUUCUUAUGUAAAUCAAGCUGUAAAAGAAGCUGAAAAUCAGCAUAGGUUAAAUGAGAUACAAAAGAAGCUUGAUAAAUCUGCAUUAGAAAAAGUUGAUCAUCCCAUAGCCCAUAAUUAUAAAACUUUAGAUUUGACAAAACAUCUAUUACUAUAUGAAGGUAUACUUACGUGGCGUUUAAACAAACAGAAGUCAAUUGAAGUGCAUGUAAUUUUAUUAGAAGAUAUCCUUGUUUUACUACAAAAACAAGAGGAAAAAUAUUUUUUAAGGUUUCACAACACUAAUAUUCUUAGUGGUCGUGAAGAUACUAAAGUUGCUCAUAGUCCAAUUUUGAAACUGCCUCACUUGUUUACUCGUGAUGUUGCGACAGGUAAUUAUUUCUCCUUUAAAUGUUGUGAUAAUAUUUUAAUAGUUUAUAAAAUCUAUUUGUUCUAAUUAAUUAGAUUUACAGUACACUCUCAGUUAACUGGCAGCCAUAGGAAUUGUUACAUGCCAAAUAAAUAUAGUUUUUGUUUGCUUAAGAGUUACUGUUAAAAAUAGGCAUAACUAAUACUGCAUUUCAUACUGCACGUACCAUGUGUGGGAUAUGCGAAGAUCCGUAAGGUUAAUAUUCACAGGAGUGAAUGAAGUGGAUUACCACAAGGAGAGACAAGCACAAGAGAUACUUAAAAACUAACUUUUUAUGUACAAAAAAUGUAUAUACAAUAUCCCCAAAACCUAUGAUACAUGGCACAUGGCAGUUCAAUAAAGAAUCCUUUGGCAAAGAACAAUCAAACAAGUCUGAGAAACAGGCUGAAAAUAUUCACUCGGUGAUAUUCUAUACCGGCUAAUAUUUCACUUAUACAAAGUUUGUAUCAUGUUUCGCUAUUCCUUUCACCGAUGGAAACGGAUUGUAAAACCACAAAUCUCCACCACAACAAACGAAGAGAACAGUUCACCAUACACAGCUACAAUGGGACGACACACUCCCACAAGCUUAGCACUAGGAACCAGAAUGCCCAGUUGCCGGUCCUGCACACCAUAUAUCACCUCCACUGCCGACACAGUGCUGGCAUACAAAAAAUGCCCAAAACACACAAAAAAAAAAAAAAACAUUGACAGUAGACAAAA